UGUCUUUUUUAGUAACUGUUCAAAAUUGUUUUGUUUCUGCUAAUACUGUUCAUGUAACUUUUAUUAGGACAACCAUUGGAAAAUAGCCUGCAUCUGCCCGAUACCCGCAAAUAUUUGAACAGUUUUAUUGAUAAAAAGGGAACUUUUGUUUAUUGGAUCCAUGGAUCCACUUCAACUUGGGAUCCAUAGGGGCUUGAGCAAGGGCUUGAGUUUUGCGGUUUAUAUUGGUUGGCUAUAUGUUGUAUGGCAUGUUCAAAUAAAUAUAUGGAUCAUACAUCAGCGUACAGCAAGUUUGGAAAGGGAAGGUUAAGCAUUGAAGACAUGCAGGAGUAAUGAACAUGUGAAAUGCUCAACAACAUAUUCCAGUAAGUAAACCUGGGAAAGGGCAUUGCCUCCAUUUGCCAUUCACUGUUAAUUGCUAAAGUACACAACUUCUAAGAAUGGAUGUCUCCAACUGUGACCUGUGUGCCACCAAUGCAUUGGCAUCUUUCCACCUGAAGAUAAAGGAGGCCAUCUCUCUUGUUCGGUCCAUGUCCACUGAGGACAAGUUGAAGGCUGUCCAGUACUGGAACGUCAUCUCGGAGAACCUGCAGGAUGUGGUCAACAGCUCUGCCGACGACAUAUCCGCGCUGCAGUCGCAGCUGUGCGAGCGGGAGAACAGGAUGCUGCUGCAGAGCUCCCGCGGUGCCGCGGCGGCCCCGGCCGGCCACCAGCCGCCGGCCCCGCGGGGCUUCAUCAUCCAGCGGACGGAGCUGGACGGCGCCGGACUGGAGGUCGCCCACAAGCAGAGCCGCGUGGCCGUGCUCGGCGCCGGGCCCGACAUCAUCGACUGCUACCUGGGCGGCCAGUCGUCCGACUGUGGCGAACAGCUCGCCGUGCCCGUCAUGGACGAGUAUGCCGGCCUCGGUACUUGCCAGGUGCUGGACAAUUCCGUGCCAGAGCCGGUAGCCGAUACCGGCUUGGCAGACGAGCCCCUGGCAGCGGAAGGAGCUCUCGAGCUGGAUAGCGGUGAGCCCGAUCCAGGGGUCAUGGACCCUCUGCCGGACCCAAGCGCUAGUCGUCCCGAUGAACAUCGUGAUGAAGAAAUGACUGCGGAUUCGUCCGCUGCCGCCACCGGUGGUAUACAAAGGAUCAACUUGGCUGAGGCUGGCAGAAUUGACGAACUUGAUUACCAGAAUUACCUCUCGUUCACAAGGAACAAAGGAGGUACCGCCGUGGUGCACUUCUUCACCAAACAAAAAGCUUCUUCGUUGGACGCCAACUCUCAGGGCGAUGGCUACGAGUAUCGUUGUAGCAUUUGUCAACACUUGUAUCCCAAUUUCAAUGCGUUCCUAUUUCAUUUCGCUAUUUAUAGUGAACAAUUCCUGUGCUGUAAGUGUAAUAGUGAUUUUCAUCUUAAGUCUCUGUACCGGUCGCACAUUGUGGCUCACACACGCCUCAAUUGUAUCGAGUGCGGGCGAACUUUCACGAGAUUCUGUAACCUGAGUCGCCACAUGAAGACUCACACGGGCGAGCGGCCGUACGAGUGUCCCGACUGCGGAAAGCGGUUCGCCGAGCGCAAGGACCUGCGGAUACACAGUCGGCUGCACUCGGGUGAGCGGCCCUACCAGUGCUCCGUGUGCUCGGCCCGGUUCGUCCAGCUGGGCGCCCUCAACACCCACAUGAAGUACCACAGCGGCGAACGGCCUUACCUCUGCGAUCUCUGCGGCAAAACGUUCGUUCAGAUGGCUGGUCUGAAGGACCACAAGCGACGGCACGAGGGCAAAAAGCGCUUCCCCUGUGAAAUAUGCUUUGCAGCGUUCGACGUGCUCAGCGACCUGCGCCGUCACAAGCGCAGCCACAUGAAGGAGAAGCCACACAAGUGCACCGAGUGCGAUAAGUCAUUCCCGCGACAGCAGGCGCUGACCGAGCACCUGAACCGGCACUUCGGCACGCGGCCCUACCAGUGCCAGAGCUGCUCCAAAAACUACGCCGAUCGGUCGGCGUUCAACAAGCACAUGAAGAGCCACGCCCGAGGCGCGCCGAAGAAGGCGCCGCGCCGUGCGCCCGCAGUCGCCGGCACGACGGCAGAGACGGAGGCGGACGUCGACGAUCCAGCCUGAGUUCGAUCGCGAGUCGAAUUCGAGCAGAGUUAACAUUAAACAAACGUACCCUUACUGGAACUCAAUUUGUACCUGAUCAGUGUUUCAUUUAAUAUAUGUAACUGUGGUGUCAAUACGGGCUGAUUGUGUUGUUCAUGAAAACUGCCAACGUGCCCACACAUGUGACGUCCUCUUGAGCCCUCUGUUGCGCUUACCCAUCGCCUUCUGAAAGCUUAAUGACCAGAAAUCUACGAUCUCAGUUGAUAAUGAUGACAUGCCUGUUUUACCAAGGUUUAACUCGGUCAAAUACCUCCGUCUGGGGCCAAAUACCUGAUCUGACCACUCCGACCCGCCUCGCGUCACCACUAGCCGCUGACUGGGGACAGGAGGACAUCCGUGCCGUCAACUGACAAUACAACUAUUUAUUUGCAAA